GAAGAAGGCGACGAGGAUUAACGAAGAACGACCUUCCUUGAGCAGGACCGAGCGCCGACUGACUGACUUUCCCGCGCUUUUGCUUCGCUCCCCUCUCUCCCCCCUCCCCUCGGCGCCCCCUUCGCCCACCAACCAAUCAGCCUCUCCUCCGUCAAACCUGGCUGCAAAAGCAAACAGACCUUAUGAUGCGUUUCUGAAUCACGUGGGUGAUUUCAUACCUGCCUUCCUCUUUCUCUCCAUAAAGUUUGAAUUUGGACUCUGCCCUUUGCGUUCGGCGAGGCUUUUGUUUGCCAUCAAGUUGAUCAAACACAGGUCGAGCUCACCUUUCGAAAGCGCCGCCUGCACAAAGCCUGCUCUUAGCCAUUCUGUGCCUUUACUACACCCAAAGGCCCUGUCCUUCCGCAGAUGCAAAUGCACCAGACGUUGGAGGCCAUGGCCAAGCCGGCAGAGGAAGAGCCCACCCCCAAAGCCAGAGAGCUGUGCCACGAAUGUGGGCAGGUGCACCUGCUGCCUGACAACCACCUUUACAACUUCCAGGAUGAGGUGGAUGACGACCUCACCUGCCACAUUUGCCUCCAGCCUUUGCUGCAGCCCAUGGACACCCCAUGUGGACACACGUACUGCUUCAAGUGCCUCGAGAACUUCAUGCAGGAGUACAGCUUCUGCCCUAUGGACCGGAAGAAGCUGUCUUUCCAGCAUUGCCGGAGGUCCAGCCUUCUUGUCAGGAAUCUGCUGGACAAGCUCAUGGUCCUUUGUCCUUUUCAAGAUGACUGUAAGGAAACGAUGCAGCGCUGCGAGUUGGAGGCUCACCUGCACAACAGGUGCCCUGGCUUCAAGAAGUACAAAGCCCAGUUGGAAAGGAAGAAGAACCCUCGCUGCAGACUGAAGGGAGACUCUCUCUCCCGGUUGGAAGCAAAUACCCCAAAAGAACCCGAAAUAUCGAAUGGAGUGUCAGUCCCAGUGGCUGGAAGUGCCAUAGCUGCGGUGGGAUCUCCAGAGACACCGGACCCGGGUCUGGUCAAUCCAGCCUUUGACGGGAGUGAAGAAGAUUUGCCCCAAAGAGCCAGUCUUAUAGCAGAGACGAAUGCCAUUGAAAUUCUCAGAGAAGACCCCGCGGAAGAGCUUGGGAUGCGGAUCGUUGGAGGUAAAGACACCCCUCUUGGCAACAUCGUCGUGCAGGAAGUCCUUCCGGAUUCAGUUGUUGCUGCAGAUGGAAAAAUAGCCCCUGGAGACCACAUCCUGGAGGUGAAUGGGGUCAACAUCAGCACUGUGACUCACUGCCAGGCUGUCUCCUUUCUCCGCCAGCCCUGUGCUGUGCUCCACCUUAUAGUUCUGCAAGAAAAAGGGUUUAUCAGCAGGACUGGGCCUCCGGAUUCGAAUCUGACUGCAAACCAAGAAGUGAUACACGUUACCCUUAUUAAGAGGGACCGCACUGAGCCUCUUGGCAUCAAACUGAUCAGAAAAACAGAUGAGUCUGGGAUUUUUAUCCUCGAUCUACUAGAUGGAGGUUUGGCGGCCAAAAACGGGAAACUGAAGCAGAACGAUAAAGUCCUUUCAAUAAAUGGCCAAGAUCUCCGCCAGGGAACCCCUGAAGCCGCUGCACAGAUAAUCCAGAUUAGUGAAGCGAGAGUUAACUUUGUGGUCCUCCGUCGGCCCGGUGUGCAGCUUACAGAUGUGAUGGAGGACAGCAGCGCAUCCAAUGCCAGCAGUAGCAGCAGCAGCAGCAAUGGGGGAAGCCCUGUGCCCCAUCGCAGGAAGCCUCACCAGAGGCACUUUCGACGAAAAUCCAGCUAUCAAAAGGCGCUCCUUCAAGGAUACACCAACCAAGAGAAAACAGUGACUAUUAAAAAGGAGCCAAAAGAAUCCCUCGGAAUAACGAUUGGAGGCGGAAGGGAGGCUAAAAAUAAGCUCCCCAUUUAUGUGACUAGUGUGCAGCCCGUUGGGUGCCUCUUCAGGGAUGGAAGGAUUAAGAAAGGAGAUAUACUUUUAAGCAUAAACAACAUUGAUUUGACUCAUCUGAGCUACAACGAAGCCGUCUCUGCUCUGAAAUCAAAUGCCGCAUUGCCUUUAGUGACGCUGAAAGCCCUGGAAAUUGGGCUGCCAGAGAAGGAGUCUCCCGAGGUGCCCGAAAUCAGGGAAAAUGGGUUAAGUUGGGCUCCUCUCUGGACCAUGUGGCUUGGAUUGCCUAGCCACUUGCAUUGCUGUCAGGAUAUUGUCCUGCAUAAAAGCAACUCUGAGAGUUGGGGAUUCAGCAUCGUAGGUGGAUUUGAAGAAAACAAAGGCAGCAAUCCGUUCUUCAUUAAAACCAUUGUGCCUGGGACACCUGCCUUCUGGGAUCGAAGACUGAAGUGUGGGGAUGAAAUCGUGGCUGUCAACGGAGUGUCGGCAGUAGGGAUGAGCAACGGGGAACUGAUUCCCAUGUUGAAGGAGCAGCGGAAUAAAGUGGCGCUCACGGUGGUGUCCUGGCCUGGCACCCUUGUGUAAGUUGUCACCUUGGGUGCAAGUCUAAUUGGGGGGGCUACCUCAAAGUGAACUAACCAAGGAAACAGUGAACUAGUUUAAAAUCCUUCACCGGAAGAAUUCUGCUCUUGAUCAAAAACCAGAAAUAUUAGUUUGUUGAUAGACUCUGAUUGAAGACUCACCUUGGGAGAUGAAAAUUCUACAUCUCUGAGCAAUUUUCUGUCAUUUUGUGAUUCCUUUUGCCCCUCCUCCUUAUGCCUAUCCAUGUGCUGAACAUGCAAACUCUGAGCCACAGCUACCCUGUUCUAAUGAUUGCAAGUAAAGUCGGUAAGGUUAUGGCCCUUCUGUCGGCAGAUAAGAAACUGGAAGACACUGAUCAAUAAAUUCAAGAAACAACUUUUUAA